AUGGAACAUAAUAUAAUCUUGGAUGACCUGGAAUCGAAAUUUGCAGCUCUAAAUAUAUCCAAUAUUUCUAUAAAAAAAGCCACUGUACCCCCACUCGGUCUUGUUACCCCAGCUUCGAUUUCGGCUUUUUUCGACUGCUGUACGGCCGUUGCAGAAAGCUGGACAACGUUGUUAAAACACACAUCGUUACCAGAAACUAUCUCCAGUUCAGAUCCCCACAUACCAGCUGCUUUUAUGGCAGUGGACCAUGCUAUCAACGGUGGCUCAUGUUUACUUUCGAGACUUGCCUGGGUAGAGCUUUUUCGGCUCAUAAAGUCGGUCGAAGGCAUAGUGAAAAACGAACGACGUCUGGACCUUGUUGAGCGGACCCCGGGAUACGGGAACGCGAGUAUCGUCGCUGACAUGUACAUGCGCUUUCACUGCUGCUCUAGAAGGGUGGCUCACGAGCAUAAACGAAAGGCCAAACGUUGGACACAGUUGGCCGGCCCGUCACCACUAUUAUUGUUGGCGCUUUCCACAGCUGCGAACUCGAUAGUGUAA